CUCACCUCAAAAACCUCUGUCUUCUGCCUUCUGGUCACUGCUGCUUCCUCAGCUGCCAUGGCAGGUGCCUCCGCUAUGGCCUCUGGAGAGGAACCAAUCUCUGUGGAGAUGUCCUUUGUGGAGGAGCCAAUCCCUGUGGAGGAGCCAAUAGCUGUAGGAGAAGAAGCUUUCGACAUAAUUGAGAAAACUGUCAAGGUUCGAAGGCCUAAAAAUUUUAUUUUGAUGAAGCGACGUCGCUCUCGACGCGUGACAGAUGAGCAGCACAGAGCCGCACGCCACAUCAGACGCCAUAUGGAUAGUUUCUCCAUCUAUUUUUCGAGGGUGCUACGAAAUGUCCAUGAGGGAUUCACCCUCUCCCAAACAUCCGUGUGCAUCUUGGAUUCAUUCGUGAAGGAUAUGUUUGAAAGAAUCAUGACAGAAGCAAGCGACUUGAUCCGUCACACCAAAAAAACAAGUAUCACCACAAGAGAUAUCCAAACAGCAUUGCAUCUUUUGCUGCCUGGUGAGCUCUGCAAGCGAGCAACAAAUGAAGGCUCAUUAGCCGUGUUCCGGUAUAUCUCCACUGAACCACUUCUACUUCGCCUAAAGCCAAAGGCUUUUAUGCCGAGCCACCACUUCUAAGAGAGAUGUAGCAUCUGCUCGAGUUUAACCUCAGGAACUCUGCCACCCCUAAUCUCUAAUUAACUUCAAAACUAAAAUGCUGUUUGUGCAACUA